AUGGCGCCUGCUCCCGUCGAGAUUUACGACAAGACUUCGACGCCCAGUGCUGAGGUCGCCUACGACGAUAUUAACAAAGCCGCUGCAGCUCGGAUCAAGCCCAACCGCAUCCUCUAUACGAGCGUGUUUCUUGCAUUGUUGCAGCCCUUUCAGAGCGGAUGGUCGACAUCACAGCUCAAUCUCUCCUCCUAUAACAACACUGCCGAGUGUAAUGCGCGUCCCGUCGUACCGGGCACGUGUACGUUGUUUAGCGGCCACACGAAACUCGAGUGGAUUUUUGCCGUAAACUCGUGGAUCUUUGGCGCUAUGGUCGGUAGUCUGCUUUGUGGCUACUUUAGCGACAUGCUCGGCCGCAAGAAGCUCAUUCUGCUCAACUGUAUCUUCAUGAUUGGUGGUGCCAUCAUUCAGGCCGUGUCUCCUACCAUUUGGAUAUUUGCCGCCGGUCGCGGGAUCGCAGGAAUCUCUUCAGGUGUCGCCACUGGCACCAUCGGUUCCUAUGUAAGUGAGCUAUCACCGCCCCAUCUCCGUAGCUCCCUUGGUAUGGGACUGCAGAUUGCCACCACUAUUGGCAUCUUGUUGCCUCCCAUUUGCUUCUUCUUUGCCGACAAUGGAGACUCAUGGCGCUUUAUAGCCGGCUUCCCUGUUGUACUGGGCGGCAUCUUCAUCCUCCUAUCGCCCAAGCUGGCCGUGGAGAGUCCCGCGUGGCUUCUCAUGAAAGGCCGUCGUGAGGAGGCCAGACAGGUCAUUACACGUCUGUAUGGCGAGGAGCACGUGCAGACGGCACUCAACUGGCUCGAGCCCAAGAAGCAGUCAAGUGUUUCCGAGGCCGGAUACUCUAGCAGCGUGGCGCCGACCGAGUCGGUCUGGUCGUCCAAGUACCGCUUGCAGUUCUGCAGCGCACUCCUGCUGUCUUGCACGCAGCAGCUGUCAGGUAUCAACGCCGUGUUCUACUACUCUGGAAGUAUCUUCGCGGACGCCGGCAUCUCGGACUCGCGUAUUGGAACGCUUGUCAUUGACGCCAUCAACAUUUGGCCGGCCUUAUUUGCAAGCGUGCUGGUAUCGCGCUUCGGCAAUCGCAACAUGAUCCUCUGGGGUAUCAUGGGUAUGAUCAUCAUGUCUAUCGGUAUGACCGUGGCUUUCCUCGUGAAUGUGUCUGCGCUUUCCAUCGUCUUCACGGCGCUUUACGUCGUGGUGUUUGGCGUCACGCUUGGUCCGAUCGUGUGGGCCAUGACAGCCGACAUAUUUCCCGACUCGAUACGUGCGAGUGCUUCGUCUGUCUGCAUUGGUGUCAAUUGGUUGUGCAAUCUCGUCGUCGGCAUUGGGUACCCGUAUUUGGCUGAUGGGCUCGGCGAUUGGAGUUACGCGCCGUUCACGGCGUUGCUCAUUAUCUUCUACCUCAUCUCACUCAAGCUCGUGCCAGAGACUGCGGGCAAGACGAACGAAGAGAUUCAGGCAGAGUACGAGGAACGUCGUCGUCGCUAG